GUUUCUUCCCUGCAGAAACAAACUUUUUAAUGUUUUUUCUCUUUAGCCGGCGACACAUUAAAAGAAGAGGAAGAUUUCCAGCAGGAUGUUCUAGGACCAGACUUCCUCCGGCGGCGGCUGCAUCCUCCGUUCUUCUGUCCGGACAUGAGUCCGUCUCCCAGCGUUCCCACUUCAGUUGAAUAUGUCCGCGCUGCAGAUGUGAAGGUCAUCGCGGCGCUGGGAGACUCUUUAACGACGGCGAUCGGUGCCAACGGCUCCACGAUUCUAUCCAUUCCUUUUGAAUAUCGCCAAUUGUCUUGGAGCAUCGGAGGAUAUGGAACUUAUCAAAAUGUCAUCACACUGGCUAAUAUCUUCAAACUCUUCAACCCCGGACUGCUCGGCCCGUCGCCCACGAGGACUUUCCACGGUCGCCCGACCACCGUCAACGAGACCGGCUUCAACUUUGCCGUCACCGGCCACAACACGCUGAACGUCUCCGAUCAGAUCAGAUACAUGAUCGAUGCGUUCAAGUCCUAUCCGGGUCUGAACUUCGAGGAGGACUGGAAGGUGGUGACGAUGCUGAUCGGCAUGAACGACGUCUGCGACUACUGCAAAGACAAAACGCUGUUCUCUCCCGACAGCUUCAUCCAGCACCUGACCGAAGCUCUGGACCUGAUGAUGGAGGAGAUCCCCAGGACCAUCGUGAACGCGGUGCAGAUCUUCCCCAUGAAGCCGCUCAGAGAAGUCCAAAGACCGACUCUGGGCUGUCAGCUGCAAAGGCGUUUCUGCUCGUGCCUCGUUGAACCUGAAGAAGAAUCCCCGGAGCUGAAGGAGCUGGUUGAGAUUAACUCUGAAUUCCAGGUGAGGAAGAAACACGACGAUGGAGCAUGAAGGUCUGAGAUGUUGACUCUCCUCCUCCUGUUCCUCCUCCUCCUCUUCCUCUUCCUCUUCCUCCUGCUCCACCUGCUC